UGGUUUCUUGGUCUUCCCAGGCUGCCGAACUUCGGAAGGCUAUGUUAUGGUGGAAUUUUUCUGUCCUUUGGUAUUAAUCAGGCUGCACAUCUUGCUGAUGAAGUUCACAGGUAAAACAACAAAAUAAGUUUACAGUAUUUUGCCUGUUUGAGGAGGAGCCCUGUGUGAAAUGAUGACAAACUCCUUGCAGACUCUGAAAGUGAAACUACUCAGGAGGGCUCUCUGUGCUGGGAAGCAGACGGCUGAGAUGUUGGGAUGUAGACGACAACAGUGUUGUCAUCUUCACCAGCGACAGAGCGGUGUCGCCCAUCCGCUUCCGUCUCAGACUGGUUCCAGGACCAGCCUGGUCAGGGCUUGCAUUGAAGCCAAAAGAAUGCACUGUCACUUCAAACGGCCUGUAGGUACUGCACACCACCUGAAGAUGCACUCACGUCUCCAUGGAGACAGGGAGGCUCGCAUCCACCUGCACCUGGCAAGGAUGACAUCUUCCCAGCAGAGCAGUCAGCCCGCCUUGAAUCCUCUCUUCAAACUCCAGCCAUUUCUGACCCAGCCUAUCUUGAAGGAUGCAGAGUUGAUUUUCACCCCGAGUGAAGCAGAUAUCGCCAGGGCAACCGCACUGUUUGUCUCGAGUGCCAGCCACCGGAUUGAGUUUGUCAGAGGUGCUUACUAUCCUGAAGAGGCCCCAAACUAUAACCUGCCAGAGAUAGCUUUCAUCGGUCGCAGUAACGUCGGCAAGUCAUCACUUAUUAAAGCCCUCUUCUCAGAAAUAGAGGGUUUGAAAGUCAGGACCUCAAAGACACCUGGCCACACCAAGCUGCUGUUGUUUUUCCAGGUGGGUCGGGCCUUCAGUCUGGUGGACAUGCCAGGUUACGGCUACCGACAGCCGGCCAACUUCAUCACCUCAGCCGAGGGCUUUCUCAAGAGCAGGAAAAAUUUGAGGAACACCUUUCUGCUUGUGGACAGCUUCGUGGGACUCAAGCAGUGGGACUAUGUAGCCAUUGAGAUGCUGGAGGAGUUUGCAAUUCCAUACCUGGUGGUUUUGACCAAAUCUGACAAGGCCACUAGACGGCAGCUGAUAGAGAACAUCAUGACUGUGUCACGGGUCAUACGGGAAAACACCCAAGGUUGCUUGCCCCAGCCAUUUCUUGUCAGUGCCAAGUCAGGCGAGGGCCUUCCGUUCCUCAAGGGCUUCAUAGCUUAUACCACAGGCAAUCUCUGAUUGCAGGAUUCGUGACAAUCCACCAGGCUCAUACAAAGAUGCACCAUGUGAUGACCCGCGGUGGAAAAUUUCUCAAGAAACACAUGACGAUAUGCUCAGGUUUCCAGUCACCUUCACACAGUGUGGUCAGACCUGCGGCAGUCAUGCUGCAAGAGGCGUCACCGUUGAAACACCUUGGCACCAGCUGAAGUACGGUGGUGCUCCUUGGAUGUCACUUCACAAGGAAUUCCUACUGCAUUGCACCACCAGGAAUUUGUGAUGCUCUAAUAGGAAAGUGCAUCUCUGAUGUCCUUAAAAAGCCACUGUAGGAGUACAUUGACAAAACGCAAGCGAACUCUCUCAGCUCACUGGUGAAAUUACCAGAAUAAAGUGUACCACUUUCAGGUUUAUCACAUUUGACAAGAAUUAAAAUUAACACUUUCUUAGAAGUUGCAAGCACGUUGGGAGAAAUAUUACAAAAGUGAGCUGUAACCAUAACAACCCUGUUCAGUCAUAGCGUAAGUGCUUACUUUCUAUUACCGGAUUACUUAAAAUGUUGAAAAUAAAAUUAAAAUUAAACCUUUUCAGUACAUGUA